CAUGUCUAUAAUAUUAAUAAUGUGUUUAAAUUUAGUUGCUAUUCCCGGGGGGCUUUUUGAAAUGAGAGUUGAUCCUGCCAAGUCCAUAGUUGGAAUGAAAGGUCUUGUGGAUAUGGAGGGUUUCUUCAUCAGUGAAUUAACGAACUACGCAAAAGAACUUAAAGACAAAAUAGAUACUAUUGAAAGCUUUCUGCAAGAUGUUCAAUCAAAACGAGAGAUUUCUAGGCGAAACCCAAAAGAGUUCGUUGCUCAUCCACUCAACGCGUUUUCACUAAUUCGACGAUUGCAUGAGGAUUGGACCCACAUUGAGCUAUAUAUGUCGGAGAAAGUAGGUAUGAGCCACCUUACAGCCAUUAAAAAUGGUUUAGAUGAAGCACAACCCACCGAUGAGGAUCUGAAGGAUGCGAUCGAUGGAAUCAUCUCACUGCAUCGAUUCUAUAAUUUACAACCAGCUGAUAUAGCCAAGGGGCUACUUAUGGGGAAACAAUACAAUGCCCACUUAACUACAAUAAAUUGUCAGGCAAUAGCUAUAAUCUGUCUAAACAUGAAUUAUGAUAGGGAUGCCCUGAAUUGGUAUAAAACAGCUGUGGAACAGUACGAUGACGAUCGAGAUGGCCAAGUCUACAGAGAAGUAUUUGACUUUAAGCUACGUGACUUGUACAUAAAUUACGUAUCAACUUUGGUAGUCAAGGGUUUCCGGAAAGCCGCUCACGACGUUCUUCGAAAUGUAUCUGAUUUAGAUGCUACUCUUUGGUUACUUCACAAAGACGUCUAUGAAGUGGGUAAAAUAGAUGUGCCAGAUCCCACGUUUAUCGUAAAGCCAUGGGUUGACUAUAAUGGUUGCCAAGGAUUCACAAAGAGAAAAAAAUAUUUUAGUUGUCACUAUGAGAGAGGAACGUCGGCAUUUCUUAAGAUGGCCCCACUAAAAGUCGAGACCCUGAGCCUAAAUCCUCAUAUAGUAAUCUAUCAUGAUGUAAUCUACGACAGUGAAAUAUCGAGGCUUAAAAAUAUCUCACUCCCUUCGCUGAAGAGUCCUCCGACAUACCUUAAUGGUGAGGACUAUAACCUCAAGUAUUCUAAGGUCCAGGAGGUGCAGGAAAGUCCUCUUAAUCGGCGGAUUGGAGACAUGACAGGAGAGAACGUCAAGGAGGAUACAGAUUUACUGAUAAAUAAUUUUGGCAUCUGUGGGUUUAGAUAUUAUCACACUGACAACCUAGAAGAGCAGGAUCAAACGGCUGUACUGGGCGACCGCCUUACAAGCAUUAUAUUUUUUCUAAACGAUGUGGACCUAGGCGGUGCUAUUUCUUUCCCGCACUUACAUCUGUCAGUUUUUCCAAGGAAGGGCAGCGCUUUGGUUUGGCGAAACCUAGAUCAGAACUUGCAGCCGAAUGAGGAUCUUUUGCACUUGUCUUGUCCGGUUGUAGUGGGUUCUAAAUGGACUCUCGUAAAAUGGUUGCAUGAGAAACCUCAAAUAUUUCACAGACCGUGUAAAAAAGAGUUUAAAGAGUUUAACAAAUAAACGUUACGCCCAAAGCAUGUAAUCAUAAGCGUUAAAUAAAUAAUUUGAAAACCAA